UAAGACGGUACAGAAUGAUCUAUUCAUGAACAUCUUGAGGGUCAAAAGGGUGAAGAGCAUAAUUAUUAAUUCAACCAGUUGCCAGACUAUUUGAUUACUGAACUCUCUACCUUGCUCUGGGUCUGGUCUUGGGUGGAGAUCACAUCAUGGAUGUUGGCUACCUUAAACAGUCUUAUGAUGAAUGCAGUGAUCACUAGUGAAUUCAGUUCAUUUAUCAAAUGUUAUUAUUGAGCAUAUUGUUAUUAACAUAUUAUUGCCUGGGUUGCCGGUUUGCCUGGGAGGGGGUCCCUGGGCAAGAAAAGGUUGAAGACCCCUGUUCUACAGAAUCUUCAGUCGGCAGCCGCACAGGAAGACUAAUAUUUACUCGUAAAAUGAACCCUUACUUCAUUCACAACCGUGUUAUUGCUUUAUAAUGGGCGUGGUUCGUUGUUCAGGGUAGGGCAAGGUGCGUUGUAUAUUAGAUUGCACGUACAAACGCCACCUGUACAGACCUAGGAACGGACCGUCGCAUUUUUCGAAUUACAGCUGGAAACGGACCUUCAUGAUGACAAUGGACCCGUUGAAAUCGGCCAUGUCCAUCGGGAAUGUGGAUGAGACAUCUCUUGCAUUGCCUUCUGAUAAAAAACUUCGGUCCAAACAGCAGCGAGUCUUGGAUCAGGUGCAAACCAUCAAGAGGGGAAAGUCGAAGUACAGUAAAAAUGGAUCUGUGUCGUCGCCAACGACAUCCCCAACGAGUCCUGUGUACAUCAACAUAUUCGCUGACUCCUUUAAGUCACCUACCAGUCUCAAUGGAGGUGCCUUCUUUAAUGGUACAAAUGGCCUCUCAAAAACGCUCAGCUAUGAGAAAAGCACCAAGCAAAGGGUCGUGGCCUCUAAGGAAUCUACGGUCCAGAGGAACAUGAGCAGCUCCAGCCAGUGGGAGAGACGAUUCCCUCUCAGCCCCACCAUAGGCAAGCACAACAGCAGCCGCAGUGUGCCUGACCUGGCCCCCUUCCCCACCACUACUACUACCACCACCACCACGCAGCAGCAACUGCAGUCCUCAGCCCCCGCCCGGCAGCUCCAGCCCAACAGGUCCAGCGUCUUCCUGACCGAGAGGAACAGCAGUCAGGUCAUCUCCAAUGGCAACAGCUCCUCUCAGGUCGCUGUCAAAGGCAAUAAGGUGCAGAAAAGGAACAGCCAGUUGAUUGGCACGCGUCAGACGAAAAGUAGCGGCCAGAUUACCAGCAGCCAAGGUCGUAUUGAGAGGGCACCCUCAAACCUCUCCAUGGCUGAGUCCAAGAUAUCAGGGAUCAAGAGCAAGGGUGAAGCGGGGAUUAAUGGUAAUGGUCAGAUCGCUGAUAUAACCAUGAAGGAGGCGGUGGAGUACCUGUCCAGUGGAGAUGAGAACUACCAGCUCUGUGGAGCCUCCUUCAUCCAACACGCAACCUACUCAGAGGACAAGGCCAAGCAGGAGGUGUUGCGGCUCAAAGGGAUCCCCCCUUUGGUGAACCUGCUUAGGAGUCCCAGUCCCCAGGUCCAACAGACUGCCUCCGCCGCCCUGCGGAACUUGGCCUUUAAAGAUGCGGACAACAAGGAGGUCGUCCAGCGCUGUGGUGGCAUCACUGAGGCACUGGCCCUGCUCCGAGACACAGACUCUACCGAGACACAGAAACAACUCACAGGUCUCCUUUGGAACCUGUCAUCUGCAGACAGUCUGAAGCCAGAGCUGGUGCGUAGUGCUCUGCCUGUCCUGACUGAGACUGUGGUAGUACCAUACACUGGAGAUGAGACAAACAACAACCAGGACCCAGAGGUCUUCUACCAUGCUACGGCAUGUCUACGAAACCUGAGCUGUGCGACUCAAGGCAACAGGCAGGCCAUGCGUAACUGUCGAGGCCUCGUCGACUCUCUGGUCAGUUACGUCCAACGUUGUGUGGCUGCAGAGAGGCCAGAUGACAAGUCUGUGGAAAAUUGUGUGUGUGUCUUGCACAACCUGAGCUUCCAGCUGGAGAGUGAAGCCCCGGCCCUCUUCAGCAGGAUCACUGCCCUGGCCAGGACCCCCAGCAGGGCCAACACCCCCAGUGAGACCGGCCCCAUUGGGUGCUUCAGCCCACAGAGCAGCAAGGUCCAGGAGCAGGAGAGUCACUUUGACUACCCUGUGAUAGAGGAGCAGAACCCUAAAGGAGCAGGCUGGCUCUUCCACUCUAAGACCAUGCAGAGUUACCUUUCUCUGCUGGGGUCCAGCCAGAGAGAAGAGACCCUGGAGGCCUGCUCUGGAGCCCUGCAGAACCUCACUGCUAACAAUGGCAUUGUAUCUAGUGUGAUAAGCCAGAGCAUCGUGCAGAAGCUGAACGGCCUGCCUCACAUCUCUCCCCUGCUGCAAUCCUCCAACCCCAGCCUCCAGAAAACUGCUGUGUCUCUGGUAGGGAACCUGGCCAAGAACCAACGCCUUCAGAGCACCAUGGCCCGACAGACCCUACCAGAGCUAGUUGGCAUCCUCAGCUCAUGGACCAAGGAAGAGACGCCGUGUGACGACACCCUGGCCAUGGUGUGCCAAACCAGCCACAGUCUGCUGAUGAAGGAGCCUGAGCUGGGGAAACCCCUGCUGACCAACAAGCUGGUCAACUCAGUUAACAACCUGAGCAAGAACAGGGAUUUCCCAAAGGCCAGCAAAGCUGCUGGUGUGCUCCUCUACAGCCUCUGGUCAGAGAAGGACGUACAGAGUUUCCUGAAAAAGCAAGGGAUGAACAAGGGUUCCUUUGUGAACGACAUCACCAGCGCGGCUCAUCGGUCUGUGCAGGUCAUUGAGUAACCAGACAACUGGCAUGGAUCUCUUGGCACAACCUCCGAAUGUACUAAUGAACUUGUGGACCUAAUAAACCUACUACGGUACAUAUCAGAUUGGGUCCAGUUAAUCUGAUUACAACAUUUUUACUUUAGAUUUUUAAAACAAUUUAUAGCUAAUCAGAAUACCUGGCCAUUAUGUUUAGUUGUGUCAUUCAUCUUACGUCAGUAUAAAGGUUUGAUCUUGCACUUAUCUUUCUGUUAUUUUCUAGGCUCUUUUGUGUUUACUAGAAAUCAUUUGUUUCUGUUUUUCCACUGUGAACAUGAUGAUUUUGUAUUGAUAAUACCUGGUUACUGGGAUUGCUUGAAUAGGGCCCCUUUGCUUGCAUGGCAAUUAUGGUUGAUAGCAUAAAAGCUAACAUAGGCUACUGAAAUGAUCAGAUGUAACUCAUUUCAUUUAAUUGUAUUUAUCUAGCCAGGAUAGUCCACUCAGUAACAAUUGCCACUAUUUGUCAGGUAGUCCUGAGGGUAUACUACAAAGCAGGAUCAAGGAGUUAGCCAGCUAACUUGCCUGAAUAUAUAACAAGUUUGAAAUGGGCAUGGUCAAAUUGAUUAAACAUAUCUAAGUUUAGCUUUUUAAUGAACCAGAAAAUCAAUAGUUAUUUCUGGUUGCUUAUCAAGGUUAGCUGGCUAACUAAUUGAUCCAGCAUGCCACUCUGGGUUCCACAGAAUCGAAAAAAUAUAUAUAGAAAAACGUACACAUCACAAAAUGGACAUAUUGUGAUGUCACCGAUGUUUAACCUUGUGUAGCUACUGUGCUCCUCCAUAUGGUACAUUCAUACUUUAAGCAUGUUUGCUACAUCGAUGUUUUUGUCCAUCACUAAAUGGUUUAGAUUUGUAUUUUUUUUUGUCACUUGACAUUUUAGUCACUAGCUAGGUCACCAUCUAAUUGGCGUCAGAUUUUCAUGCAAAUAUUCAAAAAUCUGCAUAAAAACAAUAUGCACAUUUUCCAACCAGAAAUGUGUUUCCAUCAAAUUGACUUGUUGCAGAUAAAAGGCUGUGUGUGUGAUGACGUAGUGCACAUACAAAUAUUUUUUGCUUUAAAUUCCCAUGUACCUAAUAAAAAUACAAGUUAAAUGGUUUUCCAUUGCAUUUUGAAAUCUA